AUGUUGGGUCUGCACGAGCAGAACUUCGACGAAUGCAAUGCCCCUGACGCGUACCCAAACCGAGGCAUCGAUGCCUUCGUGCACAGCAGGGAGGAAAGUCCAGGAUCUCCGUGGCUUCUCCGCCGGAUGAAUCGGGAGCAAAACGCCAAGAGGACAUCCCCUGGCUUCAAGUUCCUGAAGCUCCUGAAGCAAGUGGGCGGUCAAGAGUUCGAUGACGAUUUGGAAGCCCAACUCCGUGAUGAGAUGGGCCAGCCGGCGAUGGGGAGCUGUGCCAUGCGCUCCUGGUCCGGAUCGACGGAAGACUCUGAGACCGGCCUCAAGGGAUGGCGCCGUCGCUUCCUGAUUGGGGCCCUAUUCCUCACGGUGGUGGCGCUACUUCUGAUGAUCGUGUAUGCUGCUGGGGCAUCGAACCGUUUGAACCUGGUGAACGACUUACGGAAUGCGGUCACACAUGGAGGUCCCCCGCACCUUGGGCAAGACACGGGCCACGAGACCUGGACUUGCCACGCGACAAAUAUCCAGCUUUGGACUCCACAGCAGCGCGAGUGGUGCUGCCAAGAAGAACACGUUGGAUGUGCAGCAACGUCUCUGCCGUUUGAUUGCCUCGAUGGCCUCAGCAUGUUCAAGAAGUGGUCAGCCGAGAAGAGACAGUGGUGCUGCUCAGCCAGAGGCCUUGCGUGCCUCUGA